AUGAAGAAGGUCCUGACAACCGCUCUAUACGGCUUUACCACGAUGGGAGCUGCUUUCGCAUCUUCUGUCUACGCUCCCGGUAUCCGACGGAUAUCUGAAGAAUUCCACGUUGGCAGGGAAGUUUCAAUCUUAGGACUCGCCCUGUUACUUGCUGGGUUUGCAUUGGGAUCAUUGCUAUGGGCUCCGUUGUCAGAAUUUAUGGACGGAAAAUGGCUGUGUUUUUGGGCAGGUUUCUUUGGCAGUGCCCCGGUCACAAAUACCGGCGGAGUUUAUGAGGACAUGCUCUCCGCUGAGCAGCGUGGUCUUGCUAUAGUGGGGUACGCCAUGGCGGUUGUAGGAGAACUCAUCUGGAGACCCAUCGUUGGUGGCGCCAUAGUCCAACACACCACCUGGCGGUGGACCGAAUGUGUGACCGGCACCCUUAUGCUACUCCUGCUGACCCUCGACACCAUCUUCCUCGACGAAUCCUAUCCACCUGUCCUGUUAGUCAGAAAGGCCAGCAGGCUGCGCCAUGAGACUGGAAACUGUGCUCUACACGCACAACACGAAGAAUGGGCGGCUGGGAGUAGUAUCAAAGCCAUGGCCCACAAAGUGCUGGUCAGACCUAUCCAAGUACUCUUCACGCCAAUCGGUUUCUGCUUCGCUCUUUACAUCUCCUUCGUCUACGGCAUUGUGUAA